UUGAUUAUGGCUAAAAGGAACAAUUCGAGAUCGAGCGGAGAAAACUCGACGAAUGACAUGAAGCGCUUAAUGAAAGAGCUGGAAGAGGAGAAAAUGCUUAACGCAUCCCUUAGGAGUGAGCUGAGGAUGGCACGCGGUGGGAACAAAACGUCCCGAAAUUUGUCUGGCUGGAUCGAGGAGGAUUUGGACGGAGAAGAUAAUAACUUUUUCGGCCAGCGGAAUUCUACGAUGAGAGGCGCAGACGAGUCGACUAUGCUGACAUCGAUGACGCUAGCAUCCCUUCAAAUAGGCGAAUGCAGACCGUUGGAGGGCGAGGAUGAGAUUGACAAGAAGUCGUUUGAGCAGUGGCGGAACAUUUUCGAGUCGGCCUUGAAGAUCGCCGGAAUUGCUGACGAAUCGACAAAAAUCAGCAUCUUUAAGAUGAAAGCGGGCGCAAAAUUGAUUGACGUUCUAGAAAGUACGCCCAACGUCGAGAGCCCGGACGAAGAGACAUCGCCUUACUCAAAUGUAAUGUGCCGCUUGCAGGAAUACUAUGGAUCUCGAAACUAUACACUCUUGCAACGCCAGAAACUGAGAUCCAUGCCCCAGGCAUCAGGCGAAUCCGACUUAAAAUACAUGAAACGUGUCGUGGCAGUGGCAAAACUGUGUGAUUACAACGCCGAUCAGUUGGUCGAGACAGUGGCCGACGUCGUUCAAAAAGCUCGUGAAGCCGCCCGGAAGGUCAUGCGUAAAGGAGGCUCACUGCAAGGUCUGAUGAACAAGGUGCGUGCUGCAGAGAUCGAGAAGCAGAACGAGGAAAUAUUUGCAAGGAACCACCAACCAAGUUCAAUGGCAGAAAUUGCCGCGGUGUCGUACUCACGCUCAUCUCAAAACUUCAGAGGAAGGUUUGCAUCAGCGCAUCGAGGCAGAGGAAGUUAUCCACGAGGCCGUGGAUUUUCUGGCGGUAUUGGGACCACCUUCGUUCGCACGGCUUGUUGGAGAUGUACCGGACACUUCCACCGUCCUCAUGAAUGUCACGCAAUUGACAAGGAGUGUCGUCGCUGCCAUGUCAUGGGCCACAUUGAGCGUGCUUGCGGCGAAGCGAUCGGCUCAAAGCGUCGAGCAAGUGAUGAUAUUGAACCGAAUUCAGCACCAAGGUCCAAGAUUGCUGCGAUCACCGUUGCCGAGGAGUCAGAAAUGAAUGAGAACGAGGACAAGAAGCCUGUAAGUGUUCCUUCUCAAUGAUUUGGUUUGGUUCAAACAACAUCAGCUUAACGUCAGCAGUAAUUUCUUACUUUGCAUUCUUUUUUUAAUAAUUUAAACAAUGGAUUAAAUGAGAACGAGGACAAGAAGCA